AUGGCUAGCUCUGUUAUCCCGUUAACCUUUGAGGACUUAAAUGAGUUCAGUGCAGAAAGAUACAACAACUUACUAAAAAGUAAAAUCGAGUUAGGGCUUCGAUUAAUUCAUAAACAUAUAUCUUUGAAAGAGGAUAAAGCAAUGAUAGAAAAAUAUACCGAAUUCAAUAACAACCCAGCUUUAAUUACCUCAGCAGGAUUCGUAGAUGAGAAGACCUAUCCUGCAAGUUGGUUAUUGAAUGAGAACGAGACAUUGACUGUUUUCGAGUAUUCAAGAGAUCUUCAUGUUAAACGAACUCUUGACAAAAUUAUCAAGGAUCCUCUCCCUUUUAGAAACAUCUGUCAACUGAUUAAGCAAUAUCAUUUUGAAUUUCUGCUUGCUCCUUGUAUCCACGCUCGUGAUUCUCUAGUUCAUUUUGAUGAAAACAAACAUUUUAUUGAAAAAACGUAUUCCGAUCUUUUGGCUAGUGUGAUCCAGAGUGGCGAACGUAAACCUGGAAGUUCAUACAUUUCUACUUUAUGGGGUGCACCUAUUACCUAUGGUUGUCAGCCAUCAUCGUAUUGUUGGUAUAAUCCUGAAAGAAAGAAGCAUGAAGCACAUUCAAAGCAUGAUGGUAUCAUAGAUUGUGAG